UAACACCAACCAGUAGUGGCCACUGAGAGAGUCUGAAACGACAUUUGCCACUAAUAACACUCUAAUCAGUAAUCACCCUCCCUCCGCCACCAUGCCCCACCACCGUUUCCUCCUCAUCAUCUACCCAGCACAAGGCCACAUAAACCCAACACUCCAAUUCGCAAAACGCCUCAUCAGUUCCGGCGCCGAACACGUCACUCUAUGCACCACCCUCCACACCUACCGUCGCAUUUCCAACAAACCCACCCUCCCCAACCUCACCCUCCUCCCCUUCUCCGACGGCUUCGACGACGGCUUCAAACUCACCCCCGACACCGACUACUCGCUCUACGCCACUGAGCUCAAGCGCCGCGGCACUGAAUUCGUCACCGACCUCAUCCUCUCCGCUGCACAGGAGGGUAAACCUUUCACCUGCCUUAUCUACACCCUGCUUCUCCACUGGGCAGCUGAGGCGGCGCGUGGGCUUCACCUCCCCACCGCUUUACUCUGGGUUCAACCAGCCACAGUGUUGGACAUCAUCUACUACUACUUCCAUGGAUACCAUGACUGCUUGCUCAGUAAAAUUGAAUUCGAAUUACCAGGAUUGCCAUUCUCGCUUUCACCCAGUGAUCUACCUUCGUUUCUAUUACCCUCGAAUGACUCUUUCAUUGUUUCUUACUUCGAAGAGCAGUUUCGCGAGCUUGACGUUGAAGCGAACCCGACAAUACUUGUUAACUCGUUUGAAGCAUUGGAGCCAGAAGCUAUGAGAGCUGUUGAAGAGUUCAACGUGAUUCCAAUCGGGCCGUUGAUUCCGUCGGCGUUCUUGGACGGGAAAGAUCUGAAUGAUACUUCAUUCGGCGGUGACAUCUUCCGCCUCUCGAACGGUUGCGCUGAGUGGCUGGACUUGCAGGCGGAGAAGUCGGUGGUUUAUGUGUCGUUUGGGAGUUUUGUUGUGCUGUCAAAGACUCAGAUGGAGGAAAUUGCACGUGCUCUGUUGGAUUGUGGACAUCCAUUCUUGUGGGUGAUUAGGGAAAUGGAGGAGGAGUUGAGUUGUAGAGAGGAAUUGGAAGAGAAGGGGAAGGUGGUGACAUGGUGUAGUCAAGUGGAGGUGUUGUCGCAUCGUUCAGUGGGUUGUUUUUUGACGCAUUGUGGGUGGAAUUCGACGAUGGAAAGCUUGGUUUCAGGGGUUCCUAUGGUGGCGUUUCCUCGGUUUAGUGAUCAGAUGACAAAUGCGAAGAUGGUGGAAGAUGUGUGGAAGAUUGGGGUGAGGAUGGAUCAUAGCGUGAAUGAGGAUGGGGUUGUGGAAGGAGGGGAAAUUAGGAAGUGUUUGGAUGCGGUGAUGGGGAAUGGAGAGAAAGCAGAGGAAGUGAGAAGGAAUGCAGAGAAAUUCAAGGGUUUGGCUAUGGAGGCAGGGAAGGAAGGUGGCUCUUCGGAAAAGAAUUUGAUGGCUUUUCUAGCGGUUGGUGGAUAUGGAUCAUGUAACUAGGAUAUGUGGCUGACCAAUUGGUGAUAAUUAUGUCUGAUUUUUCAUUCCUUUCGGGUUGUCUAAAUGACCCAAGAAAAGUUUGGGUUAAAUAACACAUAAUCCAAUCACAUUUAAGAUAAGUGAGUUGAAAUUUCUAUAUUUUAUUUAUUAAUUUAUUUUCAACUCUAACUCACUUAUCUCCAAUGCGAUUGAAUGAUGAGUUAUUUAACCCAAACUCUAUCAUGAGUCAUUUAAACAACUUCUUCCCUUUAUAAUAGAAAAAUGGUUGGUUUUUCCAAUGCACCAAAAAAAAAUGUAAACUUUUAUUUACAUAUGCAAUUGUUUAGUUAUAAA